AAGACAUUGUUUCGCAAGUGGAAAAAGACCCUGUCCGGUUGAAUAAUUGUAAAUAUGGACAGAAGAGAGAAGACAAGCCGCAAAAAUCCUAAGGAAACUUCGAACAUAUUGACUCGGCUGUUUUUUGGAUGGAUGGUACCAAUUUUUUGGAAAGGUACAAAACGAGACUUGGAGGUGACAGAUUUAUACGAUCCUUUGAAAUCUGAUGAAUCCGAAAGCCUCGGGGAUCGACUCGAAAAAGAGUGGAAGAAAGAGCUGAUGAAAGUUGAACUGGAGGAGAAAUUGGCGAAAAAGAAAGACCCCAACAAGGCGGUGAAGUGUCGCCCAAGCCUUUUUUGGGCAAUUGCGAGAGUCUUCUGGGUGCCAUACAUGCUUCAAGGGUUACUCUUCUUCAUACAGUUAAUGGGACUUCGCAUAAUACAGCCUACACUCCAGGGUUGGGUUAUUAGAUACUUCGACCAUAGCGAAGAUUCGAUAACGAAAGACCAAGUGUUGAUAUACGCCGCUUGUUUGAUCCUUGUCACCCUUGGCGUCGUCUUCAUAACUCAUCACACAACGCUGGCCACUCAGCAAAUCGGGAUGCGAGUCAGGGUCGCCUGCUGUUCCAUGAUAUACAGAAAGGUUCUGCGCCUCGAUCUGGCCGCAGUGAGUAACACGGCUGCUGGUCAAGUGGCAAACUUGAUCAGUAACGAUGUUGCCCGUUUCGAUAUGGUCCUUAUGUUUCUUCACUACAUUUGGAUCAUGCCAGUACAGGUCAUUCUGAUAGGGUACGUGAUGUGGCAGUCAGUUGGACCAGCUGCCUUGGUCGGAAUCGGCACAAUGAUGAUGCAGACGAUACCGAUUCAAGGGUACUUGAGUAAUCUCAGCGCCAAGUUCAGAUCCAAGAUCGCGGUGAAGACGGAUGACCGAGUGCAGCUAAUGAGUGAGCUCAUUUCCGGUAUCCAGGUGGUCAAGAUGUACUCGUGGGAAAAACCGUUCGAACUGUUAGUGUCGAAGGUUCGAGCCCUCGAGAUAAAGCUGAUCGCCUACACGUCGUACCUCAGAGGAUUUUACCUGAGCAUAAUGGUUUUCUCGGAAAGAGUGACACUCUACUUGACCCUGAUCACCUUUGUACUGAUGGGAAAUUAUCUCACCGCUGACGUGACCUUCGUGCUGGCCACCCUGUUUAACGUUCUCCAAUUGACCUGUGCAAUCGCUUUCCCUCAGGCCAUAAUCCAGGCCGGUGAGACGGCGGUGUCGUUGAACAGAUUGACGGAUUUCCUAUUACUCGACGAAGUGAAAUCCAUGGAAAAAUCCAAUCAUUAUACGUUUGACCGCGCUGCCAGUCUUCAGCUCUCUGAAAAGACGAUUGAGAAGGUUCCGCAGCGUGAUCAAGGAGUUAGCAUCGAACUGGUGAACGUCUCUGCAAACUGGGUGUACGGACAACUACCGCCAACGUUGUGCCAAGUAUCGAUGGAAGUUAAAAGCAAGUCACUGACAGUCCUCGUCGGCUCCGUCGGUUCGGGGAAAUCAUCUCUUCUGCAUCUCAUUCUGGGCGAGUUGCCCGUCGGUGCUGGAAGCCUGUCACUGUAUUGCGGUGAGGGCAGCACGAGGACCAGGGUUGCCAACAAGGACAUCCGGAUCUCGUACACCAGUCAGGAUCCUUGGCUGUUCUCGGCGUCCAUAAGGGACAACAUUUUGCUUGGUCAGCCGUACGACGAGACAAGGUACCAGGAGGUCACCAAGGUCUGUGCUCUGCUAAAGGACUUCGAGCAGUUACCUCAAGGCGACCUGAGCUUCGUCGGAGAACGAGGCGCGUCUUUGUCCGGAGGACAAAGAGCUCGGGUUAAUCUGGCCAGAGCCGUUUACAGGGACGCUGAUCUGUACCUACUCGAUGAUCCACUCAGUGCAGUCGAUGCUCGAGUAGGUCGUCACUUGUUCGAGGAAUGCAUUAAUGGAUUUCUGAAGGAGAAAACCAGGCUCCUCGUCACUCAUCAACUUCAAUAUCUUAAUCAGGCGGACAAAGUCGUCCUUCUUAAUCAAGGCAAUAUCGAAGGUCAGGGCUCGUACGAAGAUCUGUCCAAAUCUGAUUUCCACAUUUUGGAUUCGGAGGAUUCGGAAGAACAUGAGGAAGUCGAUGUUAUCGAAGAAAGCAAGGAGAAAAGUGUGGAGUUCGAGGAAAAGUCAGUGACAGUGGAGAGCAACGGUGAACAGGAAUUGAGUCCUGCGGGGAAUGAAGAAGACGCUACGAGAGAUGUGAGUGAGGAGGAAGUGGCAAAGGGAAGCAUGUCGAGUAAGGUCUACUGGGGCUACUUUUUGGCGGGUGGAAAUAUGUGCACGCUAGGGUUAAUGACAUUAGCAUUCAUCAUCGGUCAAGUGGCGGCGAACGGAAGCGACUACUGGGUCACGAUUUGGACGAAUCAAAACACCUUGUUGAAACAGAAGAAUGAGGAAGAAAAUUCAACCGGCGACUUCGCUAACAUUGAUUCCGUUUGGUUCGACGAAUAUGGACUGUUUAAAAGAGACAUCGCGAUAUAUAUCUACACCGGGUGCAUCGUUGGAUCCAUAUUGGUACUCACUCUUCGCAGCAUGAUGUUCGUCACGGUCUGCAUGAACGCUAGUCGCAAUAUUCACAACUCUAUGUUCGCUAAUCUGCUCAGGGCUACCAUGCGAUUUUUCAACACGAAUCCGUCUGGACGGAUUCUGAAUCGAUUUUCUAAGGACGUAGGAGCCAUGGACGAGCUACUGCCGAAGGCGAUGCUCGAAGCAAUUCAGAUAUUCACUGUCAUGCUGGGAAUACUGGUAAUGGUUGCAAUUGUCAACCAGUGGAUGCUUAUCCCGACUGCUAUCGUGGGUACCAUCUUCUACACUAUCAGAAUUUACUAUCUUAAGACUGCGCAGGACAUCAAACGACUCGAAGGGAUAACGAAAAGUCCCGUUUUCUCGCACGUCAGUUCCACCCUGGAUGGCCUGACCACAAUAAGAAGCCGAGGUGCUUUGGUAGAAGAGAUGCUGAGAAAAGAAUUCGACAGCUAUCAAGACACGCAUACCGGUGCUUGGUACCUGACCAUAGCCGCUGCGACGGCAUUCGGGUUCCUCCUCGACCUAUUUUCGUGCAUUUUUAUCACCUGCGUUUGUUAUUCGUUUAUCCUGAUGGAUGAUGGAACCAUUAUGGGUGGAUCAGUCGGCCUGGCCAUUUCGCAAUCUCUUAUACUGACCGGAAUGGUUCAAUACGGAGUGAGGCAGAGCGCCGAAGUAAUCUCGCAGAUGACGUCAGUGGAGCGGGUUUUACAGUACACAAAACUUCCCCAGGAGGGACCUUUUACCACUGAGAAGCCUCCGCCGGACACUUGGCCUGAGAAGGGUGCCUUAGUGUUCAAGGACGUAUCCAUGAAGUACGCGAAGAACAAGCCACCAGUGUUGAAAAACCUGAACGUGGAUGUAAAGCCUGGCUGGAAGAUCGGCAUAGUGGGAAGAACCGGUGCUGGAAAAUCAUCGCUCAUUUCAGCUUUGUUUUGUCUGACUGGAGACGGACUUGAGGGCGAGAUCCUUUUGGACGGGAUCGACACGAAGACUGUUGGGUUACACGAGCUGCGUCCCCGGAUCUCGAUCAUCCCCCAGGAGCCGAUUCUUUUCUCCGCCACACUCCGGUACAACUUGGAUCCGUUUGAGCAGUACUCGGAUGCCCAGCUUUGGGACAGUCUCCGUGAAGUUGAACUCGGCAACGCCGUUCCAUCGCUCGACUUCCGCGUAGCUGGGGGUGGAGCCAACUUCAGUGUUGGUCAACGUCAGUUGAUUUGUCUCGCUAGAGCCAUACUGAGGAAUAAUCGGCUGCUUGUUCUUGAUGAAGCCACUGCCAACGUCGACCGUAGCACCGACGCCUUGAUCCAGACCACUAUCAGGAAAAGAUUUGCCAACUGCACGGUUUUGACAAUAGCUCAUCGCCUGAACACGAUCAUGGACAGUGAUCGAGUAUUGGUCAUGGCAGGAGGCAAUAUCAUGGAGUUUGGCCACCCUCAUUUGUUACUGCAAAAUCCAGACGGUCACUUCUCGCGAAUGCUUCAACAAACUGGAAAAGCGAUGGCUGAAAAACUGUCAAGGAUUGCCGAGAGUGCUUAUCAGCUCAGCUCCGAAUCUAGGGAAAAAUCAAAUGACAGCACAGUUAUCAGAAGUGAAGAGAUGACCAAUUUAUAGCGAAAUUAAGCAAAAUAGUCUAAAUUAUCGUGAAUUUUAGUAACCUGCAUACACGUAUGCUUGUAAGCAUGUAAUGAUCAUUAUUUUUGUCAUUUUUAAUUAAUUAAUUUUCAUUACGAGUUUGUGAUUAUGAUGUAUAAUAUUGUUUCAUCAUGUAGUUACUUGUAUUCGUUUUUUCAUUUUUCACUAUUCAUUGUUACCUAACAACAACAGUCAGAAAAAAAGAACAUAUCAUUAUGUCGAGCAAUCAUGCAUAGGUAUUUUUAAAAUUGUUAACACCCGUCCUGACACCUUAUUUAAAUAAAUAUAUAGUACAUAAUUAA